CUAAGUUAGUGUUAACACAAGUAAAGGUUGGGAAACCAUAGACAAAGCCAUGCCUCCAGAAGAACAUCAGUGUGCCACGCCUGCCAAGAGGGCCAUCAAAAAGAUCCGAAUGACUAGCUUUGUAAUCAGCUUGGCACGAGGUUGGCAACAGUGGGCAACUGAACACAACACAAAGCAAGCCCAGGAACCUAGUGGAUGGGUGCCUAAUGAAGAGAAAUCACCAAAUGCCCCAAGAGAGUGGACAAUUCCAAAACAAUUGCCACCUUUCAAGAAAGACCAGUCAAAAGAUGAGAUACAGUUUCCAUUGGAACAGCAAGUGUCAAACAAAGAUGGAGAACAAAGUCCAAGUGAGUCCUCAGAAGCUCUUGAAAAAUUUAAUAUUAGAAGUAAAGAAGUUACUAAAAGCAUAGUAAGGUCACUCUCUGAAAGAAGCAGUGACAUUGGUGGUCUCAGCAACAAAUAUGAACAAGAUGAAUUUGCUGAGACAGGAAAGAUCAUCAAUGACCCUAAAAAUAUUGAUCAAAUCCUUCAUAGUAGAAUGUCUCCUACAAGAAGGAGAAAGUGCUCUAAUCUGGUAUCAGAGAUGACAAAGGGAUGGAAACUUUUAGAACAAGAAGAACUACAGGAUUAUCGCAGCAACAGCCUGGAUACAGAGGACAGUGGCUAUGGUGAAGACACAGAGGAUAGACUUGACACAGAUCAUAAUAUUCAAGAAAUACGGAGUGUUGUGAGGAUAAAACAUCCCAUGGCCUCACAUAAAAAUAGAAACCUCAAGUUGUCUAAGAAUUAUAGUCCUGUCUACACUCUAAAGGGGCGAUGGGAAGAAUGGGCCGAUGAACAUGUGACAAUACAAAAACUCAACCCUUUCAGUGAGGAGUUUGACUAUGAGCUUGCUAUGGCCACCCGUCUGCAUAAAGGAGAGGAGGGCUAUGGCUAUCCUAAAGAAGGCACAAAAACAGCAGAACGGGCCAAGAGAGCAGAGGUCCAUAUCCACCGGGAGAUGAGAGACAUGUGUUUCAUCAUCAGAACAAUGGCUCAGCCCCAACGUGAUGGCAAGAUCCAAGUCACUUUUGGUGAUCUCUUUGACAGAUAUGUUCAUAUUUCAGAUAAAGUGGUUGGAAUACUCAUGAGAGCCAGAAAACAUGGGAUGUUAGACUUUGAGGGAGAAAUGUUAUGGCAAGGGCGGGAUGAUGCUGUUGUAAUAACUUUGUUAGAAUAAGUUCUUUUUUUCCCCACAGGAUAAGCCAAAGGGCAUCCUCACAUUCAGAAAGUUUUAUCAAAGGGUUUAUCAGAAUGACCAACAGAGACAUCAGAGCUUUCAUCAGUAGUCAGAAAUUCCUAUACAUUAUUACUUAACAAUAGUAUCUCCAUAUUAUUCCAUCUCCACAUUAUCAAGUACAUAGAUUGUUCAGCCAGUACUGAUUUAACUAUGUUUGUUAAGAUUUCUAUAUAAGAGAAUGAAGAUGAUAUAUAAGAUGGCCCACUUCAGCUGCCUUCUGGAUCCAGAUGAAGACUAUUAGACACUUGGCGAUUUUUCAGAGAUCUGGUACGCAAUUCUAUUGAUUGCCUGGUUAGCACUGGGAACAUGAGGCAACUUGAUGUGAUUGCUCUGUCUCUAAGUUCAUUAAUCUCAGUUCACUCUUUGCUUACCAAGAACCUCCAGGAGAUAAAAUGACAUACAAGCAGCUUAGAGCAUCUGU